CCGCGGAGACGUGACACAGGUGGCAAUAUGGGAGAGAGUGCUGGACGCGGCUGUGGUGCACCAGAUGGCCAAGUGUGGGCCACAGGCAGAAGGGAGCAUCUUCAGUUCUGACACCGCCCAGUUCGAGGUGUUUGGUGCCAAGGAGUAUGAGGUGAAGACUUCCCAACUGUGCAGAGAUGAGCCAAACUUCGUCAUCCUACCGGAGGGCAGAAGAUUUGAAACAUCACGGUCAUUGUGUGGGCUCCUGAAUGGGUCCCUCGCCGUCCCCACUAGCAGUCAGCACAACCAGCUACUCACACACUACCUCCUCCCCUUUAGGGAUAUGUGUGUCCCAACUGCACCCUGGAAACUCUGGCUGGGGGUCAUUGCACAACAGGGUGUAUGGAAAAAUAUGGCCACAAAAAAAACAACAUCAUACACUAAUUUUUCCAAGUUCACAAAUUCUAGUGGUUUUGUUUUAAAAUGUGCCAACCUCAGAGACGAUGGCUUUUGGGAGGGGCAGUUUUGUGAAAGCACAUUUAAGAGGUGUGCCGCUUGCAGCUUCAACCACAAGAGUGUUCUCCGUCUUCGAGGAUUGUGUUUUGAUACUGAGCUGGAGACGCAGUUUCGAGUUGAAGGUUCUGAGAAAAGUCGACCUUUUUUCCGCGGAUAUUAUGGCCUCCUGAUUACGUGGGAUUUAGAGAGCAGGAGAUGGCAAGUUGCAGACCCUGUUAAGAACGUGACGCUUAUGUGGGCUACUGGGAUCGGCAGCGAUGAUUAUCCACUGGGUCGGAGGAAGUGGGAACUCCUUACAGAUAUUUGUGGAAUAACAGCAGGCCAAGUUAUACCAGUAAGCUUGUCAGAGUGUAGCGAUGGAUACUUCAUGUGCUCCUCUGGGGAGUGUAUUGCUUACCACAGUCGCUGUAACUUCCGUUAUGACUGUCAAGAUCAAAGUGACGAAGUAGAUUGUUACAUGGUUCAAGUUAUAGGCGAGUUUCAAAGACAAAUGCCGCCUACUGGUCUCCAAGGUACUGUUCUUCUGCUUACUCCAGAACUAACUCUUUCUCGCAUCACUAGCGUCGACGAUCUCAAUAUGGCUGUCACCUUAGAGUUUCAGCUCACUAUCACUUGGGAAGAUGACAGGCUAAAGUUUAAGCACCUGAGGAAGCUGAAGAAUGGCACCAUUCUAACUGACAAUGAUGCCAAGAAAGUAUGGAGACCUGUAUCCCAGCUGAUGAACCUAGACAGUGGUCAGAUGAAUCUUCUGGGACAGAGUAUCUUGGUCAGGACAGCCACUGAUGUCAUUCUGCCAGGCUUCAAUGAUGUUGAUAUGGACAUGGUGUACCCAGGGUCAGCAAAUAAACUGUCGAUACUGCAACGUUACUCAGCAAGAGUCACCUGUGACUUCCAGCUGUACACUUAUCCUUUCGACAUCCAUCUGUGCAAUAUAGGUCUUCAACUUCCUCCAGAGUACGAUGGCUAUGUUCGGUUCGCAGGGAAUGGGGCAAAAAUCUUCUACACAGGACCACAGAUUCUUGCCAUGUACAGUGUAAAAAAUCACAUCAUUGCCUCUGCAGACGGCAAUCAAUUUAUCAUGAAUUUUGAGCUUCAUCGCCGGCAGGGUGUGAUCCUGCUCACCACUUUUGUGCCAUCAGGCCUGCUGCUGCUGGUGAGCUGGUCAACGCUCUUCGUCAAACUGGAAGCGCUCAAUGUGCGGGCAGUCAUGUCCCUCACAACACUGCUUGUCCUCUAUACACUUUUUGCCAACAUAUCCAGAUCUCUCCCUAACACAGCCUCCAUCAAGCUCAUAGAUGUCUGGUUCUUUUUCAUUAUAUUUGUCCUCUUUACCAAUAUUGUUGUUCAUAUUUUUGUUAGUAACGAAACUGUAGAGAAAAGAGAAACAAAGAUAUUUGUGCAAAAUCAAUCCCAGGAACAUGUAAAUAACUUACCCAAGAGUACUCAAACUAGGAAACUUAUGUCUCUUAGGUACUAUAGGGCCGUGAUUCUUCCUCUAGUGGUUGUCUUGUUCAACAUUAUUUUUUGGUUGACUGUGUUUUUAUGGUAUUAAAGAUGUCAUUUUCGGAAAUCUCACUACCAAAAAUAAAUCACAACUACAUAAUACUACAGUACUGUACUGUAUAUGAUCCAACUGAAAGUUAAUUCUCUCAUAAAUUAUUAUUGUUGAUGGACUAAUGUAAUUACUAAACUAGUUACUGUAUACUUAAAAACCUUACAUGAAGCACAGUAAUGUAUUAGAAUAUCAACAACUAUUCAGUGCAACAGGCCUACUUUCACAUAAUGAUUGUACGUUAGCUCUUAUUUCUGUGUACCGGUAAACAUGUAAAGGGUAAGGAGACAGUUUUUACAAAAAAUAAUUUUACUACUUCAAAACUCACAUAAUUUGACAAUUACUCUUCCUAUCUUUUUAUGCAUUUUAAAAUAACCCGCAGGGGAGCAUGUAACUUACUGAAGAGCCGCAGUCUAAGGUGUUACAUAAUAAACCAGCAGAUGAGCUGCGGUCAAUUAUUUUCCAGUUCACAAUAUUGGAGAAUACCAUACUAACAAAAUACUGUGAUCAUCGUAUAAUAUAAAGCUGAUUCAUACCAAAAAGAUAUAGUACCUUGAAAUGUGAGGGUAGUCAAAUUUCAAUGCAGAUGGCCAUGAGAAUGGAAAGAAUAAAUACAAAAAAUAAUAAACAGAUUAUAAAGGUGAGGUGGCUCUGUGAGGUGCCUCAAUAUAGGCUCUAUGUCUAUGA